AUGCUGGCGGCCAGGGGUGAAGCGCAGCCGCCCGCGGUGGGGCGGCACGAGGUCAAUUUCUCCACGCUGGAGCCCUGCGCCUCACACGGCGAGAUGAUGCGGCGAGACCCCGAGUUCUGGACGCAUCCUCGCGACUGCCCCUCCAUCUCCCUGGGCUGCGUGUGGGACGGGAAGAUCAGCAUCCUGUCCCGAGCGGCGGUUGAGCACCCAGACUACGACCUCUACGCUUGGGUUGACGUUGGCAUGCACGCCUCGGGUACCUCCGGGGAGAUCUUCAGAGGUCACGGCCAGAAGCCGUGGCCGCAUCCCAAGAAGCUUGCGAUGUUGCCAUUGGACAAGAUCUCCAUCAGCCACUCCGGUGUCAACUGCAACAAGAUGUGGAACAAGCCCUUCGAGUUCUGGCAUUGCGCUGCAGCCACCGCCUUCGUCGUCCCCCGCAGCAUCCUCUUUACCGUUGAGAAGCUGUUCUACUCGAAGCUCGAGGAUCCACCACGGUGCAUCGAGCACUGGCAGCACCAUAACAAGACUUAUGUCGAGCGCGACGAGACCUACUUCGGCGGCUACGGUUGCCUCAGCGAGCAGAUGAUCCUCUCCGUCAUCGCGCGCGAGAAUCCAGAGCUGUUCAACUGGGUCGGGCACGGCUGGGGAAAGACCGAUCGCCGCCAACCUGACCACCGACGCGAUGAACUUUGCCGAGAGGGGGCAGGGCCGCGAGGACCUCUUCGGCUGGCUCGCGUCGGACGACGAGGAGGGCGAGGAUUCCAGGACGCGCCAGCAUGCAUCGCCUGGCGUCGGGCCCCGCUGUGCGCGAGAAGGCGCAGUGAUCGUGGGCGUUCAAAAGGCCAGCCCCUCCAUCACCGACAUCGACCUCAGAUCCGAUGA